AUUUAUUGCUAAGGAAGUAUUAACAAGACUGUUUUUCAGCAUACAAUUUAACCGAAUAUAGGCAUGCAGUAGAGUAUAAAAAGGACAACUGUUCCAUACGAAAGGAGGGGUAAGGGCACUUUUUUCUUUCUGUAUGUGCCUGUCGCAUGUCAGGAGCCAGUUUGUUAGUGGUUGUCGUUAGUUGCUGUAUAAAAACAAUACGUCUUGUUAAAAUUUUUAUAUGGCGACUGGUGGUACGAAUUGUAAUGAAAGUGAUUUCGAUACCUUUACAAAAGAUGUACAUGGAGCCUUGUCAUCAAUACAUAUGCCAGGACCUAGAAUAAAAUGUUUCUCAGAUCAGGAAUUGAGAAUGGUCUUAGUAGGAAAGAUAGGAGUCGGAAAGAGCUCAACAGGAAACAUGCUCCUUGGUUUUAAUGCCUUUAAGGCGAAAAGAAAAGCAAAGUCGGUUACAAGAUAUGCAAAGUCCAAAGAGGGAACAGUAAACGAUAAACGGGUAGUAAUAAUUGAUACCCCGGGUUUGUAUAACACUACCCAUAAUAAUAGCCGUAAGCAUGUACAGGAAGAAAUUAAAACUUGUAUAGAACUAGGAGCACCUGGAAUACAUGCAAUUAUCUUUGUUUUAUCUACUGCAAUGCGAUUUACUUCGGAAGACAAAAAAUGUUUUGAGGAUUUUUUUGAAAUUUUUGGGGAAAUGUUUUUCAACUACGCUGUAGUAGUUUUUACAGGCGCAGAUCUUUUAAAGAAAGAUAAUUUGAGUUUAGAAGACUAUAUAGGCAGCGACAAAGUUUUAAAAAAGUUUCUUGAUAAAUGUGGUAAUCGAAUGAUACCAUUUAAUAACUUGGAUCCUACACCUCUGGAGGAAGAAACACAGAGAAAACAUUUAGUAUCAACAGUCGUUCAAAUGAAUGAAUCGCUAAAGACAUACUAUACCAAUGAACAGUUUAUAACUGCCGAAGAGAACCUCCGUAAAAUGGAAGAAUUGAAACGGGACCAAGCUAUAGAAUUGGAAAGUCUCCGUCAGCAACAUUCAGAGGAAAUAAAACAACUUGAAAUCGAGUAUAAUGAAAGACUUCUACAAAUGAGAACCAAAAUAAGACAAGAAAUAGAGGAACAACAUAGACAAUACAAGAAGAAGGAUAAAAUAGAGACAUGCACUGUUAUGUAGUUGUCUAGACACAUUUUAUAGCCACAACACAGAUUACUGAAAAGAAGAAUGUAUAUACAGUGUCAUCCUUGCUCUCUAUGUUCCCCCUCCCCCCCCCCCCCUCCCAAAAAAUGCUUGUUUGUCAUCAUCAGUGUCAGGGAUGAUACAAUAUAUAAAUCCAUUUGAAAAAGCAUGACUGUCGUUGAUUAAAGAUUAAUCUCAUACAGAAUAGAAUCAUGAUCAGAAUUAUUCUUUGGCGCUCAAUAUGUGUGAUUAUACUGUAUUUGAAACUUUUAGUUCAAUAGCUCAUAUCUUAAAACACAAUGUCAUUUGUACAAAGUAUCAUAGCAUUUAGUAGUAUGUACUGUAUAUAUCUUAAUUUAAAGAAACUAAGUUUACAUUAUUAAAGUUUUGAUAAGUUCCUACAUGUAUACCUCAAUUUACACCCUAUACAAGACAGAGAGAAAAAAUCACAAUAAAAUGGGUUUACAUUGUAGCCAUCACAUGUAAAGUUCUUUUGAGUGUAAAUUGAUAAAAACCAAUGCCAAUAAAAUGUUAUCAUUUUAUUCACCCGAAGCGGUUGUCUGGAUAAACAUCCUUUGGGAACGCUGAAAGCCUAGGAAGCUUAAGUACCGGAACACUUGGAGAGGUAUAUGGCCGGAAAGUGUUAUUCACUUUCGCAACCUUGCAUUUAUAUCAUUAAAAAAAUAUUAAAGGUAAACGAUAUUAAAGCAGUGUAGAAAGGGAGUAGAAAAAAGUGAUCGAACCCUUCACAAGCAUGAAUAUUUUUAACGCACCACAUUCGUUGUGUGCCGGUUCAUAGUCAAGGCCCUGUAAUUCAGUGAUUGUCGUUGGUUCAUGUCUGUUAUUAUUUGUUUUUCGGAAAUUGUUUGUUAUACAAUAGGUCGUUAGGUUUCUUGUUUGGAUUGCUUCAAAUUGUGAAAUGUCGGAGCUUUUUAUAAGUGACUAUACGUAUGAGUGUUGCUCAUUGUUGAAAGCCGUUCGGUGACCUAUACUUGCUUACAUCCACGUCAUUUAAACUCUGGGGGAUAGUUGUCUCAUUGGUAAUGACACUACAUCUCCUUAUUUUAUAAUUAAAUUGAUUAAAACUACAAUGUAUAUUAGUCUCCAUAUGCACCUACACAUAUAUUAGUUUAUAUCAACGUGAGUAUUAAAUGUCCCUUUGGUAUCGUCCUCUGCUGUUUUACGAUAGUAGAUCAUAUGUGUUAUGGAAAAUAAAUUGUUAUAUUUUUUGUGUUUAAGAACUAAA